AUGCCUGUAGCCAUCAAGCCUGCCUCGCCCCGGCCGUCAUCAUUGACCAAGAUGGAAGAUCGAAAGCGACCAGCCAUCAGCGGCGCUGAUGACAUUGCGCCUCCCAGCAAGCGUCAUCAAAGCGUCAAUGGCAACAAGUCGAAAGGCGAUACCGGCGAGCAGUCAGAAGAACAUUGGAUUGAGAAUUACCAAAAGGGAGCCAUCUGGCGAGCCUUCCAGGAAUCCAAGCGCGAUAAGGCUGAGCUGGAAGGUCGCGUUGAUAAGCUGCAAACUCAUGUAGCCCAUCGCGACGACCAAAUAAGAUUGAUCGAAAUAUGGUGGGAACAGGAACAUCUUAACGACAAGACCAAGACGCUGCGCGAGAGGGCUGAGGCUGUCAUUAAUCGGAUCGCAACGUCGCGUGGACAAAUCACGCCGAAUAUUGCCGAUUUGGAGAACAGAGUGAAUGCCCUGCUCGCACAGCAAAAAGAUUAUCUUGUUCAGCUCGAUCGCUCUCAGCAUGAGAACCAGCAGCUUUCAGAGGACCUUAACAAGAAGACUCUUGAAUGGUUCAAAGCUGAGCGACGGGAAAAGAGGUUGAAGAGCGCACAAGUUCAAAAGCUGGAGAAGCAGUUUCUCGCCAACGCAACACAAGGGGGCACGGCCGGCGAGAACGGUGCUGAAGCUGCUGCCUUGAAUGGCAACGCUGCCGAGACCUUGCUGAAGCUAGAGGAAGCAUCGGCGGUCCUCGUCAAACAGAAGGAGCAACUAGAGACUGCACAUACAGACCUUGCAGCGUUGCAGGAGGAGAACUCGACCCUGAAAACGCAACGUGAAGGCAUGUCGGAUGAGGACUACAUUCGAACCGACGUCUUCAAGGCCUUCAAAGCGCAAAACGAGGACUUGAUCAAGCGGAUCAAUCACCUAGAAGCGGCCAACAAGCAACUGCGAGAAGAGUCCGAAAGGUUGCAAUUCGAACGACAGGCCUUCCGAAGUAAAUUGAACGACGAGGCGCAAACACACAUUGCCGACCUCGAGCGCCAGGUCGAGGAGCGCGAAGGAGAUGUCACACGUCUCAGAGCCGCAAGGGACGAGUGGUUCGCAAAAGCUAGCAUGCUGGAGGCGAGCCAGAAGGAGGAGAAGACGGCGCUGCAACACAUUCAAGAGCUGGCAGGCGCAAAGGACGAUCGCAUCACAGCCCUUGAACUCGAGCUACAGCGAGUGAAACCCGACGAGGACAGACCUAUGGCCGAUGCCGACCCAGCCAUCGACAGCCUUCCAGUGGAGGAACUGUUGACGAAAUACCGGAAACUCCAGGCUGAUCUCGAGUCGAUCAACAAGGAAUUGCCAGCGCUCCAACAAGCGUACAAGCGAUCCAUGACGCUGGCGCAAAAGAAGGUCAUGGACUUUUCGGCCCUCGAGGAUCGGGUUGCUGCGGUGCUAGCCGAGAAGCAAAAGGUUGACUCGAAGUAUUUCGCUGUUCGCAAAGACGCCGAUUUCCGGGACCGUGAACUGCUUGCGCUGCGAAACCAAAACAGAAAGACCUCGGAGAUCGUCACACAGCUCAAGGAAGUGGAGGCUCAGCAUAGAGUGUUGAUCAGCAACUUGGAGAAGCAGCUGUCAGACCUUCGGAUGGCGAAUGCGAACCUGGCAGCCGAGCAUAAGAAGAUGGAGGCGAACAGUGUAGAGUCGAUCAGGAGAGCCGAUACGUACAAGGCUCAAGUCAACGAACUGGCGAACCAAAUCAAGGCGAAAGACGCAGCCACUGCGAGCACAAGAGAGCGGACCACGUCACAGGAGUCAGAGCUCGAACGUCUCAGAGCAAGGGUCGAAUUUAUCAAGAAGGAGAAGGAGGACUGGAAGCGCAAGGCAUUGAGCAACUCUUCUGAAGAAGAGGAGAUGCUACGAUCGUAUGCGCUUUGCUCAGUUUGCCGGAAUAACUUCAAAGACACUGUCCUGAAGACGUGCGGUCACCUGUUCUGUAUGUCCUGCAUCGACGAUCGCAUCAGCAACCGCAUGCGCAAGUGCCCAACCUGCGCCACAUCCUUUGAUCGCAAGGAUUCGUUGUCUGUUCACCACUAGAAACGCACGAGGAACGAGACUCGCGAAAGCUCGUUGGCUCUUUUCUCUUUGUUCGAUUGGAUCCUGCAUUAAACGGAAGGAACCGGGGGCGGGGUGGUAGCUUGUUCGCCAACCAACUCAAGGGUGUUUGGGUGUUCUGGGGUUUGGUGUUCCAUGGAUGAUACCUUUUCUGGUCGCGCAAGAGCAAGGCCACUCACUCCACUACCGCGAUUGGAAAGGGCUGGCUGUGUAUUUCUACCUGUAUCAUAUGUAUCCGCGGAUGUGCUCUCGAGGCGGCCUACGGACAGGUCCGGCGAGAGAGCGGAUGCAUUGUGAUGGCGUCGCUGUUAGCAAGACGCGCAUCGUUGUAGGAACAUGGUUCCGACUAGACGUAGAAUCGAGCAAUACCAACCAGUGUUGCCAUUUG